CACAUUCGUCCGAGAACUUGGAGGGGAGGAGGCGGUCGCUGGUACAGGGUUGUCCAUACCCGCGCGGCCGGCCGCCAUGUCGACAGUGCUGCGGCUGUCGGUGUCCACGCUGGGCCUGGGCCGGCGGCGGCCGGGCGCCGCCCAGCUGGUCUGCGCUGUGCGUGGGCUCCGCUCUCACGGGCCGCUCCGCUGCAAGGCGCCAGAGCCGGCGCCGCAGGGCGUGCCCUACGGUCGUCUCAGCAUCGGCGUGCCCAAGGAGAUCUGGAAGAAUGAGCGGAGGGUGGCGAUGUCCCCGGCCGCUACGGCCGUGCUCACCAAGAAGGGCUUUACUGUGCACGUUGAGGAGAACGCCGGAAACGAGGCGUCCUUCACCAACGACGCGUUCGCCGAGGCGGGCGCCAAGAUCGUCGACAAGGCAACUGCUUAUAACUCGGACAUUUUGUUCAAGAUCCGGCAGCCGAUUAUUGAGGAGGUGCCGAGCUUCCGCGACGGCGGCACUCUGUACUCCUUUAUCUACCCGGCGCAGAACAAGGAGGUGCUGGACAAGCUGGCCGACAAGAAGAUGACAGUAUUCGCCAUGGACUGCGUGCCCCGGAUCAGCCGGGCGCAGGUAUUCGACGCGCUGAGCUCGAUGGCCAACAUCGCCGGCUACCGGGCGGUUGUGGAGGCGGCGCAGCACUUCCCGCGCUUCUUCACCGGCCAGAUCACCGCCGCCGGCAAGGUGCCCCCGGCCAAGGUGCUAGUGAUCGGCGGUGGCGUGGCCGGCCUCUCCGCCGUCGGCACGGCCAAGAACCUGGGCGCCAUCGUGCGCGCCUUUGACACGCGCGCCGCCGUCAAGGAGCAAGUGGAGAGCUUCGGCGCAGAGUUCCUCACCGUCGACGUCGAGGAAUCUGGCGAAGGCGGCGGAGGCUACGCAAAGGAGAUGUCGCAGGAGUUCAUCGACGCUGAGAUGGCGCUGUUCGCCAAACAAUGCAAGGAGAUCGACAUUCUCAUCUCUACCGCCCUCAUCCCUGGCAAGAAGGCCCCAGUCCUCAUCAAGAAGGAGCACAUCGAGUCGAUGAAACCCGGCUCGGUGGUGGUGGACCUGGCGGCAGAGGCCGGCGGCAACAUCGAGACCACGCGGCCCGGCCAGAUCUACACUCACCACGACGUGGUGCACGUCGGCCUCACCGAUUUCCCCUCACGGCUGCCGGCGCAGAGCUCCACGCUCUACGCCAACAACAUCUCCAAGCUGCUGCUCUCCAUGGGCGAGAAGGACCACUACCAUCUGGAUUUCAACGACGAGGUGGUGCGCGGCUCGAUCGUGCUGAACAAGGGCGAGCUGAUGUGGCCGCCACCGCCGCCGCCCGAGCCGUCGCCAACUGCCGCCGCCGCUGUCGGCCCGGCCAAGCCCGUGGCCGUAGAGCCGGCCGCGCCGCCCAACUACUUCAUGAUCACCAUGAAGGACGCGCUCAUGUACACGGGAGGUCUGGGCGGUCUGCUGGCGCUUGGCGUGGCCUCUCCGGGCCCGGCCUUCACCACUAUGGCCACGACGUUCUCGCUGGCCGGCAUCGUGGGUUACCACACGGUGUGGUCGGUGACGCCGGCGCUACACUCCCCGCUCAUGUCCGUCACCAACGCAAUCUCCGGCAUCACGGCCGUCGGCGGCAUGCUGCUGAUGAACGGACAGUACUACCCGACCAACUCCAUCGAGGCGUUGGGUGCAACUGCGGCCUUUAUAUCAUUUAUCAACAUCUUCGGAGGAUUCGUAGUUACACAGCGUAUGCUUGACAUGUUCAAACGACCGACCGACCCGCCCGAGUACAACUACCUGUACGUACUGCCGGCGGCCGGCUUCCUGGGCGGCUACGGCGCCGCCGUCAGCCAGGGCUACCCAGAGAUCCACCAGAUGGCCUACCUGGCCGCCUCGCUCUGCUGUGUAGGCGCGCUCGGCGGCCUCAGCAACCAGUCGACGGCGCGCAUUGGCAACACGCUCGGAAUGAUCGGCGUGUCGGGCGGUAUCGCGGCCACGCUGGGCAUUCUGCAGCCGUCGCUGCCAGUGCUGGCUCAGAUGGCGGCGUGCGGCGCCGGCGGCGGUGCCCUCGGACUCACCAUCGCCAAGCGGAUCGAGAUCACCGACUUGCCGCAGCUGGUGGCCGCCUUCCACAGUCUGGUGGGCAUGGCGGCCGUGCUGACGUGCGUCGCCACCUACCUGCACGACUUCCCCAACUUCGCCACCGACCCGGCCGCCAACGUCGUCAAGACGGCCCUCUUCCUCGGCACGUACAUCGGUGGCGUCACCUUCACAGGCUCGCUGGUGGCCUAUGGCAAGCUGCAGGGCCUGCUAAACUCGGCGCCUCUGCUGCUGCCCGGCCGGCACGCUCUCAACGCCGGGCUGCUCGCGGCCAACGUCGGCGCCAUGGGCCUGUUCUUCUACGAGCCGUCGCUGGGCACGGGUCUGGCUUGCCUAGGCAGCACGGCGGCGCUCAGCGGCGUCAUGGGCGUCACGCUGACGGCUGCUAUCGGAGGAGCCGACAUGCCCGUGGUCAUCACCGUGCUCAACUCGUAUUCGGGCUGGGCGCUCUGCGCGGAGGGCUUCAUGCUGAACAACAACCUGAUGACGGUGGUGGGCGCGCUGAUCGGCAGCUCUGGCGCCAUCCUCUCCUACAUCAUGUGUAAAGCGAUGAACCGCUCCCUGCCGAAUGUGAUCCUGGGCGGCUUCGGCACCUCGUCGACAGGCACCGGCAAGCCGAUGGAGAUCACGGGCACGCACACGGAGGUGUCCGUUGAGCAGACUGUCGACUUGAUCGCCAACGCCCGCAACAUCAUCAUUACUCCAGGUUACGGUCUUUGCGUGGCUAAGGCCCAGUACCCGAUUGCCGAGAUGGUGUCACUCCUGCAGAAGAAGGGCAAGAACGUGCGGUUCGGCAUUCACCCGGUCGCAGGCCGGAUGCCGGGUCAGCUGAACGUGCUGCUGGCCGAGGCCGGGGUGCCCUACGACCAGGUGCUGGAGAUGGACGAGAUCAACGACGACUUCCCCGAGACGGACCUGACGCUCGUCAUCGGCGCCAACGACACCGUCAACUCGGCCGCUGAGGACGACCCCAACUCCAUCAUCGCCGGCAUGCCGGUGCUACGCGUCUGGAAGUCGGACCAGGUUGUGGUCAUGAAGCGGUCGCUGGGCGUAGGUUACGCGGCGGUGGACAACCCAAUCUUCUACAACCCCAACACCUCGAUGCUGCUAGGAGAUGCCAAGAAGACCUGCGACUCGCUGGUCAGCAAGCUUAAGGAUCACUACGAGUCUUAGGCCCUGUUCCGUGGAUGAAUGACGUCCGCGUUUUACAAAUGCCAAGCCAUGGUCAUCCCGGAAUUCGUUGCAGCAUGCCGUUAGUUUUCCUGUAGGACUGAAAAGAACACUGCGCGCUCACCAUCGUAUGCAUAGCUGGCGCAUCAGCUAGUGCGAUGUUGUGUUUGCAUACGCUGUCGGCCAUUUUGUUGUCUGUGGUGUCUGGAGGAUGAGGCAGGUGUUUUCGGUGGGGCUAACCUUGUUGCAUUGUAAAUAAAGGCUGACAGGAUGUGCA